GCGCUUGCACCACGCACACACGCACGCACGCUCACGUGCACGCGCACACACGCACGCAUGCGCAGCAGCAGCGCAGCCUCGCUGGCAGUCGUGCGCGCCGCUUAGCAUCAGAGCAGCACAGCGUGUCUGCUGCUGCAUCCCGGAGCAUGGCACGGCAGCAGCUCAGCCUCUGAGAGCCCGGAUCCCCGGAUCGAACCUUCACGUCCGACCACCGCGGCUCGCCAGCGCUCAUUCGCACAUAGGCACCGAAUCGUGUAUCCGGCCGCAUCAAUUGAAAGCCUCUAUACAUGGCUUAAACGGGAGAGGAAUGUCAAGCAGGAUGAUACCCAGACAUAUGUGGCUUUAUUUUCUUCUAUGCUGCUGUGUCUUCUGCAUCUCAUUGACAACAUCAAGCAGUCCUCCUAAUGGGAAGAAGGAUGAGACGAUCUACCCGGAAAACAUAACGAAGAUAUUAGAUCGACUCCUUGAUGGAUACGACAACAGGCUCCGGCCAGGCUUUGGCGGGCCGGUUACGGAGGUUAAAACUGACAUCUACGUGACAAGCUUUGGACCUGUCUCAGAUGUGGAAAUGGAUUACACUAUGGACGUGUUCUUUCGUCAAACGUGGGUUGACGAGCGGCUGAAGUUUGACGGGCCGAUAGAAAUCCUUCGGCUGAACAACCUGAUGGUGAACAGGAUAUGGACCCCAGACACGUACUUUAGGAACGGGAAGAAAUCCAUUGCCCACAACAUGACGGCGCCGAACAAACUCUUCCGCAUCAUGCAGAACGGAACUGUGCUCUACACCAUGAGGCUGACGAUAAACGCUGAAUGCCCAAUGAGACUCAUGGAUUUUCCAAUGGAUGGCCAUACUUGCCCACUGAAGUUCGGGAGUUAUGCCUACCCCAAAAGUGAAAUCAUUUACAGUUGGACCAAAGGUGCUAACAAUUCUGUGGAGGUCCCGCAAGAGUCUUCGAGCUUGCUACAGUAUGACCUAACAGGGCACAACGUCUCAAGCGAAGAACUCAAAUCGAAAAUCGGAGAUUAUGUCGUUAUGACCGUGUCCUUUUACCUGAAGAGAAAAAUGGGAUAUUUCAUAGUUCAAACGUACAUACCGUGCAUCAUGACGGUCAUUCUCUCCCAAGUGUCAUUUUGGAUUAACAAGGAGUCUGUGCCUGCCAGGACGGUGUUUGGCAUCACCACCGUGCUGACAAUGACCACGCAAAGCAUCAGCGCGCGCGGAUCGCUGCCCAAGGUCUCAUACGCCACGGCCAUGGACUGGUUCAUCGCCGUGAGCUUCGCCUUCGUCUUCUCGGCGCUCAUCGAGUUCGCGGCGGUCAAUUACUUCACCAACCAGCAGGCGGAGCGUGCCAAGAAGAAGGCGGCCAAGUUGGUGGCCUACCAGAAGCUCCAGGCCAGCAUGGCCGAGCCGGUCAAGGACGAAGUAGUGACGAGCGCCAACAUCUCGGAGACCCACUGCAACUUGAAGAAGCGAGUCAACUCGGCGGCCGCGUCCCGCGUGGACCUGUUCGCGCGCCACCCGCUCGCCUCGCCCGACACGGCGAGCCUGGCGAGCCGCUGCUCGGGCGCCAGCCCCCUGCCACGGUCGCCGCAGCGUGCGGCCUCCACACAGACCCCGGCUGGGACGUCCGGCCAGCAGCAGCAGCAGCGACCGGCGUCGUCCUCGAACCCUGCGGCGUCCGACGCGGGUAAAGCCUCCGCGCCCGUGGCGCCGGCACCUACCGCGCCGCCCCCGCCGCCCCCCUCUGCCGGCACGAGCAAGAUAGACAUGUACGCGCGGAUCCUCUUCCCCGUGUCGUUCGCGGUCUUCAACAUGGUCUACUGGGUGGUCUAUCUGUCCAAGGACACCAUGGAGAGGCCCGAAGACAAGUGAUGCUCCGCAGCUUUGGAAGAGGGACAAAGAGAUGGGCACCGAGGCCCCUUGCAGCCUCAGCGAGCUGCAACCCCACUCCACUGCACUGCACACGAACGACACUUGCAGCCGUGAGCACCACGCGACUGGUUUAUAACACAGAGGAGAAGAAGCACUUUUUUUGUCCCGUGCAGUAUAAGUCGCACUGGCCUCUGGCUGAGCUUGCAAGUGGAUUCACUUCGUGGAGGUUGCCAAAGACACUGCAAUAAAGAAGGGCGCAGCAGCAGCUGCGGGAACCACGGUGGGGUGGGCAACACGCGUGGCCACGCGCCGUCUCGAGCAGUUUGUUCAGUGUUGCAAUAAUGAAACAUCGCAUCAUAUAUAGGUAUUCUUUAAGGACCUUUCUUCUAUUUUUUAUGUUGGGAUUCUAUUUUUUAUUAUAUUCUUAAAGUGUGGGGCCCUCUUCAGAAAUGUGUGUCUUGUUGCUUCCCUCGAAUGAAAAAAAAAUGGCAUGCUGCUACAAUACCUUCCAUAUGCGUUUUGUACAGUUUGUAAAAAAAAAUCACAAAAAUUAUAUAGAGUGUGUAAUUAUAAUAAUCCAUUGUGCAAGUGGAGUUUACAUUCCAGUGUUUUGUACACUGCAGUCUCACGUACACAACUCACUCGUCAAACUAUAAUAACAACACAGAUGAGGAAGCUGUUCUAUCGGCUGGAUCAAUGAGAUAAUAACGUGUAUUUUAUUGUAUAAUCGACAAUAAAAUGUAGAGACUUUUCGCAUCAUCAUUGGCCUUUUGUAAUAUUCGAUGUAUAUCACAGCGUAUGUGGUAUACGAAGCCACUUUGGUAUAAUGAUAAUAAUAAUAGUGGUGGUGGUGGGUUGUAAAUGUACGGUCACAAAAGGGUCCCUCUUGGGUGGCUAUUGUGACGUGACCAGUGUGAAUGUUUUAAUCAAAUCGUCGAGCACACCCACCGGCGUCUCCGUUCGCUAGGCGACACAAUGGCAAACCGUGCCGUUAGGUAAAGAGAAAUGAAAACCGCGAGUUCGAUGUCACGUAAUGAUAUUCACCCAUAGUGACCUCAAAACCAAACCGUGUGAUCAGAAGUAAUUGAAAUGGGCGUAAACGUUUAAGUACUUUCAAACAUAUACGGAGUAUGUAUGGGUUUAUCUGAAGCACUCUAUUUAAAAUGAUACUCUUUUAAAUAAAUUGUGAGCUUUACAAUUUGCUGCAAGUGUCUCUUCAUUACCAUUUUCACACAUUUGGUUCAUGCUUAUGAAGAGUAAUGAUUUUGCCGUAUUAAAUUCUGUAAAAAAGAACGCUAUUGUAUUGACAAUACUCUUUAAAUGUUACAUUUUUUUCCCCCAAAUUUCAACAUGACAUUCUUUUUUUAUAGAAAACUUGCACAUGUGCGUGACGUCACCAAGGAGUGGAGUUCAGUACCACGCUUUUAGGCAGUUGAGACAGUGGAUAUACAAUAAAGACGGUUAUAGUUACUGAAAGGUAAUGUUUGUUGUUGCUCCCGAAUUUGUUUAAUAAAGACCUAAAUUGUAUAAUGACUCAUUUAC